AGAAAACCUCCUGAUUAACCAACCAUGGUUCUCUCCCCAAUGAUUAAGUCCCUUCUCUUCGCCGCAGCCCUCACAAUCCUUCUGGCCAAACCAUCCUCAGCUCAGACGGACAAUUACUUGCUCUCUGGAGAGCGUCUCGAAGGAGGUAAAUCGCUGAAAAGUGGUAACUUAGAAUUCAUCAUCCAGGAUGACUGUAACCUCGUUCUCUAUCACUCUAAGAAAGCGGUUUGGGCUUCGGGAACCGACGGUUUCAGUUUGAGCUGCUACCUCGUCUUGCAGCAAGACGGAAAUCUCGUCAUCUACAACUAUCUGGAUAGGGCCAUAUGGGAGAGCUACACCUUUGGAAUAGAUGGACACUAUAUCCUUGUACUACAAAAGGAUCGCAAUGUUGCCAUAUAUGGCGAUCGCAUAUGGGAUACGGAUAAUAAGUACCCUGGCUCUGUGGCCGUCGUCGUCGCUGCUGCACGUGAUGGGACGGUGGGGGUUUCGGGGGCGAAGCAGAACAUGGCGAGGAAAAUGGGUAAAAUUAUGGAGGUAAUUAAUUAAGAGUGCUGAAGAGGCAAAGACUGUGUGCAUGAGCAAUGGUAAAUAAGAUAAGCAUGUUUAUAAAUGCAUGCUUUGUGUAUGUUUUCGUAGUCCUGUAUGUGGCAUAGUAUGGAUGAAUUCAAAUGACUUCUUUUAUUGACUGCUAA